GACUUCACGGGCAGAGGACGCGAGGCGACCCCUAAGAACAUAACACACACACAAGCCGCCGAGGUUCACAGUGUGGUGGGGACGGCGAAGAGAGAGAGACAGAGGACCAUUUUGUAGCUGAAGAGGCGUCGAGGAACAAGGAAACACCAGCACCAUGAAGGCAUCGCUCGUGCUAGUGAUCCUCUGUGUCUCCCUGAUGGCGGGAGCAGAGGCCGACGGGGGUGUACCUGCAGGAUCACCGCAACCCAGCGGGAGCGACGCCGCUGCUUCUGGAACUCUCUCGGAGCAAAGGUAUGGACCCGAACACAACGAGCAUGGAUCCGGAGGCGAAUUCGAGGAGCACGAACACGGGUGUGCCCCGAGGAGACUCUGCGAUGAGAACGAGGGCGUUUGCAGGCGUUCUUGCAACGGUCCAGUGGAGAACGAGGUGCACAAUGGCUGUGGUGGGAAUGGUUGCAAGUGUUGCACUCGUAAGAAUAAGAAACACUGCACCAGCAACGUGGAAUGCAGAGAGCACGGUGGCAGGUGCACCCAAGCCAAAUGCAAGAACCACGAGGUCCUCAUACGUCGUGGGUGCAAAGGACAAGGCUGUAACUGCUGUGUUCCUAAUGUGCGUGAUGCUGAAGGUGUUGUCAACGAGGAGACUCAAGUGGUAGAGGAGGUAGAAGAGGAAGGAGGAGAGGAGAAGAAUGAAAGUUAUGAUGUCGAGGAGGAAGAUGAAGAAGAGUAAAAGCUUCUGAAUCUGCAAACGCAAGCACACACACACACACACACACACACACACACACACACACACACACAUACAGAAAUAGGAAAGCUCCAGCGGCUCUCACAGACUGACGAACAUCAGAAUACCACCAUUUGGCACCAUGGAAGAGGAGGCCACACAACACCAUUAUUUACCAUCGGGAGACCAGUCCUCUAGAACCCAGUAACCAAGGGAAGACCAUGUUACCACAAGCAGCACAACACGAGACUUGUAAAGGCUCAGAAGUUUACAGAUAGAGAAAGGAACUCAGACCUGAACUGAAGGAAAUAUGUGAAAAUAUUGAGGGAAGUGUAUCGAACGGCGGCUGAGAAGUACUGACAACUAGGAGACAUGAUAGACGGUGAAUUAUCAAUGUUGAAAAGAAGAGAAAUGAGAAAUAAAAUGAACUAGAUGAGGAAGCAUGAGCUGCCAUGUCACUGCAUUUGAUGACUGACAACUGGAGUCUACACCUCGACUUGCGUGGUUUGCGGGAGUAGAACAACUCUCAACACCUGUAAAGCAGGUAAACACACUCUACACAUUUUCCCUUCGCUUCCAAAGGCGGCGUAGUUUACUUUAAAGAAAGACGAAGCAUGUUUGGAUUACUUGCACAUUCACGUAACUGGCAUCCACCAUGACUUUCCACUACCAUUAUCAGGCAGCAUAAUGUACACACACACACACACACACACACACAUAUAUAUAGGACCAGGAUUCGGACCCCAGUUGCACGGGAUUUAAAGUAAUAAACAUAUAAAUAUAUAUAUAUAUACAUUUGUUGCAAUUUGCAAUAACUUUCUACUUACGAAAAUGUCAUUGUUAUUUCAUUGGUUUAUGCACUAAUAAAUACAAAAAUACAA